AUGGAGAGAAUUGCGAAACAAGAAAGGAAAAAAUAUCGCUGUCUCAUUGAAGGAAUGUUAAAUGCUUACCGUGCCACACCGCAUCCUGCUACAGGGAAAAGUCCAUACGAGCUCAUGUUUGGGAGAAAAAUGCGACUUGGAGUAUUGCCAGAGAUCUCAGAAACACCCGAACGUGAUAACCACCUUGAAGUCAGACAAAAUGAUGCCUUGUAUAAGUUGAAGUCGAAAAGAUACCACGACAAGCGCAGAAAUGUGAGAAAAUCCAGAAUUGCUGUUGGAGACAAGAUUCUCAUGAAAAACAAACGGACAGAUCCACUUAGCCCGAUUCCUGGUAAAGUGAUCAAUAUACGUGGAAACGCCGUGACAGCCCGAUUUGAUGACGGGAAAGUUUUUAUGCGAGACAAGUCACAUUUCAAGAUUGUACGAGAGAGAUCUUACGUCGAAAAGCGAGAAAGAGUACGAGAAGAACAAACGUUUCAAGACAACAUACUCAACCAGAGCAGAAUCGAUCAGAGUACGCGAGACGUCCUCCCUGACCAGAUUAAUCGUGACGAAGCAGAUCAAUUGAUGAAUUCACACAAGAGCAGCACUAACGAUCGGAACAGCCGAUUUACGUGA